AUGCUCACCAUCCAGGAUCUACACGUCUUUCAUGGUCCGAUUGAAGCGGUCCAUGGCAUUUCCCUUGAAGUUGAAAAGGGCAAGUGCAUCUCGCUUCUGGGACCGAACGGUGCCGGAAAGACAUCGACUAUUUCGGCGAUUACCGGGAUUGCCCGCUCGACCGGUCUCAUUCGUUUCGAGGGCCGGGAUCUUUCACGCGAAAGCGUGGAAGCCCGCAUAGCCGCCGGAAUUGCCGUUUCUCCGGAGGGGCGGCGCAUCUUUUCCAAUCUCACUGUUCUGGAAAAUCUCACACUCGGUGCAGCCCUGCAGAAGGAUGCAGCGGAGAAGGCAAAAGAUACCGACCACUGGUUUUCUCUGUUUCCGAUCCUUGCAGAGCGCCGGGACCAGUCCGCCGGAACACUGUCUGGCGGUGAGCAGCAAAUGCUUGCGAUCGCGCGUGCGCUUAUGGCACGCCCGAAGAUACUAUUGCUGGAUGAACCGAGCCUGGGUCUGGCGCCCAAGAUUGUGCGGCAGAUAUUCGAUCUGAUCGCCGACCUGAAAGCCCGGGGCAUGACGAUCCUUCUGGUCGAACAGAAUGCGACGCAGGCGCUCAAGCUUGCGGAUUACGCCUAUCUCAUGAGUUCCGGCCGGAUCGUCGCGCACGGAACGGCCGAUGACCUGGGCAAGAGCGACAAGCUGAUGGCAGAGCUGACGGGGGUUGCCUGA